CCCCUGAAAUAGCAAAUCAAAUAUGGUUGACAAUGCAGUUGUUUUUGAUGGAAUAAGUAAAGCUGGAGCCUUAACAAGUUGUUUUAUUUUAGCUAUAUCAUACAUUCUAGUAUUUUAUAUCAAGAAAUCACCAUAUCACCGGUAUGUGAGUAAAAAAUGGUUACAGAAAACUAGAAAAAUCCUCAGACAAGUGACAGUCUUAAUAGUGCCUUCUCAAAUCAGCUCUAGAGGACAGACGGUGAGGGGCAAACCCUGGCUUUUUAGGGACGCAGCCAUUGCUUGCCCAAGGCACGUGAUAGAGACUUGCAGACGUCUGACUCCUUGUCCAUGUGGCCAUGCCUUUGAUGUCAUUGUAACUGGCCACCAUGUCACUGCAGAAUAGAGACACAUAGAAGGUUGACUCAGCCACAAAAGCAUAACUGCCACCACACCAUGUUUUCGUCAUCAAAUGCUAAUGCCAUUGUCCUAGCCAGUGCACUUAUGAGAAACAUCCCCCCCCCUGGAUGUCUGCCAGUUUGGAAUAUUAUCAGGGGGCGAAUGCCUCUAACAAGGGCACUGGCUAGACCAUGGUGUCAUCAUUUUGAUGACGAAUUAUGGUUACACCAAAGUCAUAGGAAAAACCAAGUCUGGCUUCUGUACAGUCUGUAUUAGUCUCUAUUCUGUGAUCAUAUCCUAGCCAAUGCAGUAAGUAGAGGCUGUCACCCCCCUGAAAACAUUAAAAAUAGCUGGCUUGGCAUUGACAUUUCAGGGGUUGAACACCUCUUGUAAGUGCACUUGCUAGGCCACAUGGCAACAUUUCAUUACUUUCAUAUUGUAGCAUUUAUUUUGCUUUUAUAGUGACCAUCCUGAAACAAUCAAGUUGAGAUGCAUCCGAGCUGUAGGCUUUUGCAUAGUAGCCCCAUUCUUUAUUCAACUGUUAUCCCAAACAUCACAAGAAGUAAUAUUUUCUUUUGCAAUAUAAAUUAUAAAACAAUCUAUUAUGUGUUCAAAUAAUAAUCAGCUGUCGAUCCCCACCCAAUAAUUAUUAUUUAUAAAUAUUGUAAUUUAAUUGUUUAUUGUAGUGAUUGACCAAUAAUCGGUAUUGGUACCAGCAUCGGGCCGAAUUUUGCCUUCUCAGUAGACAAUCAGUAGAAUGAUCUAUAAUUCUGAUUGUUGAGAAAAUGUGACCGUAAAAAUUAUAUGCAUUGCAUCAUUGAUAUAUGUUGCAUUUUAAUGCAAUAUGUUAAAUUAAUGUGUGAAGCAUAGAAUAAAGAUCCAUAUAGAAGGGCCACUUACGUCGGAAGCUUUGAAGUUUCUGUCCUCGCGCAUGUCGCAUUACGCAUGUUGGCCGCCAUUUUCCUAGCCAGUCAAUGACAUUUUCUGGCCAAUAAACACGCUGUACUGGCUGGCUGCUCCGCCUUCUGGCCAGUAAACUGCAUAUUUUUGCAUAAAAAAACGCGGACACGUUGCACCGCUGAGUGGCCCUUCUGUUACUGAUCUUUAUUCUGUGGUGUGAAGCAUGCCAUUUAUUAAACGGUUUUAACAAUCUUUGGUUGCAGUAAAAUGCUACGUUGGAAAUUAUCGUUAAAAAAUUGACAUGAAUUAUGUCACCUUUACUUGGUCGACUGAUAUUAUAACGUCAUAAAAUCGGUAUUGGCAUCUGGCAGAUUGUGGCAUGAAUAAUCGAUAAUCGGUCAAUCACUAGUUUAUUGAGUAUUGAGAGUGCCUGGCAUAAUUAAAUUAACCAAUGACUAAUUCUGUAUAGGGUGUGUCUGUCUGCCAUUGGCUUGGGAUUCAUCUUGACAAUGUAGUACUUGCAGCUGUACUUCCUCUUCUCUUGACCAUGGUAGCUUAUGUAUUUUGUAAUAAACUAAUUUCUCAGUUUGUACACAAAAAUCAUUUAGUCAUUGCAGUUGCUGUAGUCCCUUUGUACAUGUUCCUAGACACUUUUUACUGGUCCGUUAACCAUGAUGUUUUUGGCAAGAGAAUUACCAUUCAUGUCAGGUUGGGCAGCAUAACAAUUAAAAUCACUUUAUUAAUAACUGUUAUUAAAAUAAACCAAUUUUGUUAUAGCCAUAUCUUGUUUAUCUAUUGUUACUUAAGUGGAGAAAACCUGUAGUGUUUGAUAGGGUCAUUGACAAACUGGAAACAGUUUUCACAGAUAAACAUGCAUGCAAAUGAGGAGAAAUUAUAAUUGAAAAACUGCAUAUUACAGAAAUAUAACCCCAGUUGCAGACUUAGGUGAAUGGCAGCGAGAUGGUAAGGGCUGCCGAGAGGUUGUGUGGGAAAAACUUUCCCGGGGGAGGAGAGCGGUGUGCUGCUUUGGGGCCCUUUUUGCGCUGGGGGCCCUCUGCCCCCUCUCGGCAGGCCUGAAUGGUACAGUACACUGACAAGUACCAUAAUUAUCAGCUGUUACAGUUAACACAAGACGUGAUUUUGUUGUCAAAUUAUUUCAAUAGUAAAAGUUUACUGUCUUGAAUGUAGGAUUUUCUCUUUCUAUGAACAUGAUCAUCGUAAGAAAUUUUAUUGUUGUAAGUGCUUAUAUUUGAUCUUCCAACUGUCUCAAUUUGUGUUCAUUUGAACCUAUUUGCAGUGUAAGAGGCAUCUCCUGUUUUCUGUUUAGGCUCCAUUGACAGAGGAAUUAAUAUACAGAGCUUGUAUGAUUCCAUUACUCGUGCCAUCGAUGGGUUUAGUUGGGGCAGUUUUUAUAUGCCCUCUUUUGUUUGGAGUAGGUCAGUAACAAAAGAAUCUAUUUCAUAUUUCUCAAAUUCACAAUUCAUGAACAAAACACGAAGCGUUUUCUCUUUAGCUCAUUUUCACCAUGCUAUUGAACGACUACAGGCCAGGGAAAACGUACUGAAUGUUUGUUUAGGAACACGUAAGUCAAAGACAAUUGUUUAAUUGUUAAUUAGUCGCUUCCCACUAAUUAGCCCUAUUCACAUUAGAGACGAACAAGUCGUCUAGACAAACAAAUCGUCUCUCAAAAAUCGUCUUCACAGACGGACAAGUAGUCGAACAAAUUCAGACGACUUGUUCGUCUAAAAUUUUGUCCGACACGUUUUCACAUUUGGGGCCGGUUGUAUAAAAAAGUGAUUAAAGUUAAUCAUAGUUAAGUGGAAAUGUCAUCCAAUAAAAAGCGCGUAUUUGAGAGUUAAUCACUAUUUAACUACAAAAUAGUGAUUAAAAAAGUGAUUAAGAGUUUUAUACAACCGGCCCCUGAUGAUUUGUCCGACUAAAAGACGACGUUGAGACGAUUUGUUAGUCUAGACGACUUGUCUGUCUUCUAAUGUGAAAACGGCUAUUGUAUGUUUCUCUAUGUACUUUAGUGUUUCAGUUCAGCUACACAACUCUAUUUGGCAUCUACUCAGCUUUCAUAUUUAUCAGAACUGGUAAGUUUUCCUUGAACUAGUUAAAAACAUGUUUUAAAUUUUAACUCCGUGUUUAUAGCUUUUGGGAGUGAUGGAUUUAAAUUCACUGUUUCUAUUCAAUUGUAUAGGACAUUUCAUUGGCCCAUUCAUAUGUCAUAGUUUUUGCAACUAUAUGGGAAUGCCAGAAUUUGAUCAAAUCUCUUACACGAAAUAUCCGAAAGGUAUUAAGAAGAAUUUGUUCCAAACUGACUUUAACCGACUUUUCACUAAUUUUUCCUUUGUCGGCAUCGCCUAUCACGUCAGCCAAAAGGAUGCUGACAAAAGAAAAACUAGUGAGUUCCGAAUAUAUCGGGAGCAAGAACUCAAGUGGAAAGUGAAGUCAAAGAUGGAGCUAUAGUAGUAUAGACCUUUUUUAAAAGUCUGCCUUGUGACGUAGUGUGCGGAUAAAGGAAAACCCCGCACAGCCAUUUGGCUUGCCUGAUUGGCCAAAUGAUCGUAUUUAUAAGGUCUUUUGGACGUCAGUUUCAAUCCCUUUGUAGUGCCGAAAUUUCGUUUUCGCUUUCUGAAUUCACACGAGAACAUGAAACUGAACAAAUUCGGGUACAUCCAACAGGAAGGAUGUGCGUAUACACUUCCUGAAUCCGUCGUGUGAAGGAGGCUCAUACGUGUGCUUUAAUCUUUUUUAGUUGUCGCUGUCAUGUUUGUCAUUGGACUGCUAUCCUUUAUACUUCUUCUCAUGCCAUUAACGGAACCUACUUUAUAUAAUAGUGUCUACUUCAGAUGAAAAUAGCAGAUACUCAUUAUAUGACACUGAGUGAUCAUGCAAGUGAAUAUUGAUUUUCUAUACAUUUAGAGUCACUUUAAAGACUACGUGUUUAAUCCGCUGCGAUGAGCUAAAAUUCAAGAACAAUGUAGCACAUUUUAACACUUAGGCCCAUUCACACUUGCAAUUUUAGCUGCGAAUGAGUUAGGCCAAAAAAAAAAAUAUGUGGGUUUCCGGUUUCUUUUUAUAAAAACUUAGGUAGGGUAGGUCGGUUUUAACUUUUUUUUUAACUUUUUUUUUAAUUUUCCGAACAAGCGGACGCCAUUUUGUUUAGUCAGUGCUUCCACAUCCAAAGAUAAAUUUCCCUAAUAUUGCCUCAAAUUUCAAUUUUCUGCAAACUUUUUCCUCUAAGUGGAAACACUUACAAGCAUGAUCCAAUAAAAAAGUUUAGGGUCGGGAUUUCGACGUCCAAAAGCUAGGUAGGGUCGGGAAACCGGAAACCCACAUAUUUUUUUUUUGGCCUUAAUAUGAAUGUUCUGAGUAUAUGUACCCUCAUAUGAACAUCCAUAACUCAUCCACUCGUUCAUAAUAUCCAUCAGAAGAAAGUCCAUGGGCGUAUUUACUGGGGGGUUGGGGGGGGGGGGGUUAAACCCCUCUUAGAAUCACUCUAACCCCUCUUAUAAAGUGUUCAACCCCACCAAAAUGUCGCUUCAUCCCUCCUAUUUUGUGUGAAAGUCUUUAACCCUAACGCCUAAUCACUGUUGAAGCUCGCUCAGUGGUGCCGCUUGCAUCCCACUAGAAAUUUUUCCACUUUUAAAAAUAUGAAAAUCCGCCCUUGGGAAAGUCGCACCUAAAUCGCAGCAAAAAAUGCAAGUGCAAUAAACGGGCCUGUAGAGUACUAGCGUUAUACGCGCAUGUAUAAUAAGUUAAGUUAAAAUAUAUUAAGAAUGAUCAACAAUAAAUAAAUUAAUCGUUUUGCUAUAAGAUUCACUAAACUUGUAUCCUAUUUUGAUGUAACUUACAGUUUGGUUUUUGUAUUCUGAAGACUUUCAAAUUAUGCACAUUUCAAUGUUUAUAUGUUUCAACUGCAUGCUACUGUUUUUAAAGGGAAAUGGCAAUAUAUUUUUUUAUUUUCUCAUUUGAAAGAACUUUUAAGACUAUAUAUAAUACUCUUUUACUGUUUUUUCAUAUCUUGCUUACUUCUACAAAUAUUUUGAUUGAAAGAAAUGAAAUGUCCGCCAUCUUCAAUUUUUGUAGAUAUGCAUGUCACGUCACAACAGGAGUCACGCAAUAUUUUUAUCUAGACAAACACUAAACAUUUUGCACUCAAAACUAUACUCUGUCUGCCCUUCGAAAUAUCAAGAUCGCUAAAAACCUUUAAAACAUCUACCAAACAAUAUUUGGUCAGCAACGAAUACUAGUUUUAUGUGGUUAAUCCCUGUUGUGACGUCACCAAAACUACCGUUAAUGAGAUCAAAAAUUUAUCCAAGAUGGCGGACAUCUCAUUACUUCAAGUGAAAACAAUUCAAGAACUAAGCAAGAUAUGAAAAAUCGGUAAAAGAAGUUAAUUUAUACUGUCUUUCAAUAGUUCUUUCAAAUGAGAACAUAAAAAUUUCAUCCCUUUAAACCUUUUAUACACUUACGAUCAACUGUAGAAAUCAAAGUCAUCAUCAUCAUUGUUAUCAUUACCACCAUGACUGAUCUGUAAAUCAACUUCUGAUUCACUGUCAGAAUUGUUCCAGAAACCUAGGAAA